CCUAAUAGAGCAUAUGGUGUUUCAGUAUUAUUAUCCCGCCCUGCUGUUUGUCUUGGAGGUAUUCGGGAGAGUUUAGGAUUGAAAGGAUGCAUUUAACCAAUAGUUUGGAGCUGUUUCCGGAGUUUGCUGUGACUCAGUUGCUUUUUAGAGAUGUUAAAAACUGUGCAGAAUUGAGAAAGAUGGCAAUGGAGGGGAAAAUAGCCGGCGCGUUGAUAAACCCAGCUAUGGUGUUGGAUCCGUUCCAAACUUUACUAGCAGCAAAUAAAGCAGUUCAUGUGCAAAAGGUUGGCAAAAUGAAGACAAGGAGCUUAUACUCUGAAAUCAUCUUCAGCCUUUCACCAACAAACAAUAUCUCUGAGGCUUUUAAAAGGUUUGGGAUCUCAGACAAUGACCAUGCAGUUCUCAUUGUCCUGGUUCAUAACAAAGAGGAGGAAUACAACAAGGAUGAUGUACAGUCUAAAGUGGAUGGCCAGCAGAUUCCAGCUGACCAAAUGUCCUCCCUCAGUGACUUUGCCAAGAUUAAAAAGCUUUACAAAGUUUCAUCCCAGGAGGAAAAGUGUGGAAGUGUUUUGGAUGCUGUUAUCUGCAGAAUGGCUGCUAAGGAUGUUGUAUAGCUGCAUUUUAUGUCGAAAUACCUGUUAUAUUUAUUUCUGUUUAAAGCUUAGAGGAUAUUUUUUGAAAAUUAAAACCAAAUUUAACCCAAA